CCACUCCCUCCUUUUCCCUCCCCCGACCGAGUCCCACUCCUCAAUUUCCCUUCAUCCACCAAACACCCAUCUCUCCCCAACCAAUCCACCAUGCGUGAAAUUGUUCACCUUCAAACCGGCCAGUGUGGUAACCAAGUUGGUUCUGCCUUCUGGCAGACCAUCUCCGGCGAACAUGGCCUCAACGGCGACGGAGUAUACGAGGGCAGCUCCGACCUGCAGCUGGAGCGCAUGAACGUCUACUUCAACGAAGCCGGCGGUGGCAACAAGUACGUGCCCCGUGCCGUCCUGGUGGACUUGGAGCCCGGCACCAUGGACGCUCUGCGCUCCGGCCCCAUGGGUGGUCUCUUCCGCCCCGAUAACUACGUCUUCGGUCAAUCCGGUGCCGGCAACAACUGGGCCAAGGGUCACUACACGGAGGGUGCUGAGUUGGUCGACCAGGUGGUGGAUGUGGUGCGUCGGGAAGCCGAGAACUGCGACUGCCUGCAGGGUUUCCAAAUCACCCACUCCCUGGGUGGUGGUACUGGUUCCGGUAUGGGUACCCUCUUGAUCAGCAAGAUCCGCGAGGAGUUCCCCGACCGGAUGAUGGCCACCUUCUCCGUCAUGCCUUCUCCCAAGGUGUCCGACACCGUGGUCGAGCCCUACAACGCGACCCUGUCCGUGCACCAGCUCGUCGAGCACGCCGACGAGACCUUCUGUCUGGACAACGACGCCCUCUACGACAUCUGCCAGCGUACCCUGAAGCUGUCCUCUCCGUCCUACGGCGACCUCAACCACCUCGUGUCCGCCGUCAUGUCCGGUAUCACCGUCAGCCUGCGCUUUCCCGGUCAGCUGAACUCGGAUCUCCGCAAGUUGGCCGUCAACAUGAUUCCCUUCCCUCGUCUGCACUUCUUCAUGGUCGGAUUCGCCCCCUUGACCAGCCGCGGCGCCCACUCCUUCCGUGCGGUGACUGUGCCCGAGCUCACGCAGCAGAUGUUCGAUCCGAAGAACAUGAUGACCAACGCCAACUUCCAGAACGGUCGCUUCCUGACCUGCUCGACCUUGUUCCGCGGUAAGGUUUCCAUGAAGGAAGUCGAGGACCAAGUCCGCAACAUCCAGAACAAGAACUCCGCCUACUUUGUGGAAUGGAUCCCCAACAACGUGCAGACCGCGCUCUGCUCCGUGCCCCCCAAGAACCUCAAGAUGGCGGCCACUUUCGUCGGUAACUCGACCUCGGUCCAGGAGCUGUUCCACCGGGUGGCCACCCAGUUCACCGCCAUGUUCCGCCGCAAGGCUUUCUUGCACUGGUACACUGGGGAGGGUAUGGACGAGAUGGAGUUCACUGAGGCGGAGAGCAACAUGAACGACCUGAUGUCCGAGUACCAGCAGUACCAGGAUGCCUCCAUCUCGGACGGUGAGGGCAUGGGUGAGGAGUACGGUGCUGAGGAGGAGAUCCCGUACGAGGAGGAGUAAACGGGUGAUCUGUGUCCGGUCGAUUGGAUCCCGGCUUGAUUCGGCUUCUUU